AUGGAAUGGCCAAAGUUCGAUUUUCCUAAGUGUUCGCAUAUCCAGUCAUCGCGAUUGUCAAAUGUUGGGAGAUCGAGUUGGGGUUUGAAAAGAAGUCGUUUUAAAAUUUGUCGUUCUUUGACGGUCGAUUUUGAAAAUAUCAAAUGUAAGAAGAAAGAAAAUUCAACGAAAGGAUACACUGUACAAAACGAAAGUUUUAUAACUCUCCAUCAGCAAAUGUUGCCGAAUAGCAAUCCACCAAGCUGCUCACGAAGAGAUCUUUCCCAAAUAAAUGCAAAAGGAAUACCACCAUUAUCUCCAAUCCUCGUUAAUGGAUUUUUGAAGAAUCCAACAGCUUAUUCGCCUACACCUUUGAGAGAUUCAAAUUCAAAUAUAGGAACAAUGUUAAUAUCGUCAAAGCGCAUAGAUUUGGUGAAUCCAGUAGUAACCAGCAAUUCACAUUGCGAGACUCCCAUAAUUCUUGAGUCUUCAGAACCUGCAUUUACUCUGCCAUGUGCGAAACAAUUACUUUUAUCAGAUGGAAGUUUAACUUCUUCACUGCAGAAGUUAGAGGUAAUACCACGAAAUCCAACUUUUACUAGCCAGUCUAAAUCACGCACUUCUUUUGUUGCUGUUAUGAAAGAAUCCGAUAGUUUAAAUUGGAAGUGUAAAAAAAGUGGUAAGGAAGCAAAUUACAGCCCUAAAUUGCAUACAUUUCCAUCGAUAACAUCUUCAACAAAUCUCCACUGUUCAGGUAGUUCUCCAAUGUCUCUGGAAACUCUUCCAACAUCUGAAAUUGAUUACAAAAAAUUGAACGAGAACAAGAACUUUUCGAACUUCGAUUUUUUAGAUUCUCAAUUAAGCUUGGAAUCUGACAAAUCCCUCACGCUACGACACACACGAAGUGAUGACGAUGUUUUCCAAAAUCAUACUGUAUCUGUUGACGAUUCCGGAAGUGGUGUUUCUACAAGCGAGCAAUCACGUGACUGCUUUUUUGAUGUAACAAUUCAUGAAAUCGAACCAAAUGAUUCGGAUCAUGAGACAAAACUUAUUGCAGAAGACACAUCACCAAUAACAAAUCAGUUAAAAUUAUAUGAUUUCCAAGGCGGGAAUAGUGAGGCGAUACAUCAAAAGCAGUAUCAACGUUUGAGUAAGCUAGCAGAAACUCUCAAAAAGCGAUUGUUUAUUGCUUCAUCAGAUUUAGUUAUGUGGAAAUGUGAGGAACCAAACCAACAUCCGGUUAGACGUGUUACAGUAAUUUCAGGUGUAGAACAAUGGGGAUUCUGCUGGACGCUAGUCAAGAAUGCUAAUGAUUCCGAAAUUUCCCAUAUUGUAGAUUCGAAACCAAUGAAAAAAAGUGCUGAUAUGCUGUAUAGAAACAGAAUUCAGGAAGAUACAAGUGCUGAUGAUAAUCAAGAAGAUCGAAGAUAUCAUGAUUCACUGCAGCGAACUUCACGGGAAACUUUUUCAAUUUAUCAACCUCUUUCAAAAUUGAAUACUUCUUUGGGUGAAUUUAUUCUAUCACCUCGUUAUUACCGCUGA